GCUUCUUCGACUUCUGGCAACUUAAAUAAUUUCAGCAUUUCCCACCAAUUAAAAACCUAAAAACCUACUGAUAUGGCGGACAAACUACGCACCCAGCAGGAGCUUGAGCGACUUCAAGCCAAGUACAUCGGCACCGGUCACCCAGACACGACAUCGUGGGAAUGGCGAACCAACGUCGCGCGCGACACGUACUCAAGCCUAGUCGGUCACCCUUCCCAAUUAGCCUACAUUUCGCUCGCGCAAAACGAACCCGCCGCCAAAGUUCGAGCCCAGCUUCUACGAAAGAUGAUACAGCCCUGUGGUCCACCUCCUCCUCGCGAAGGCGAAGAGCCCAUACGCGGACAUAAUUAAUCAUAAUUCAUAAUUAAUAAGAAGAGUUACGGCGUCGUUGAUCGGGACACUGUAGUCUGCACUUGUAAAUGUAGAACAACGCCCGACGACUGAUGCGCCGUCUGGACCAGACAGUUCAGGGCAAUAUAAGGAUCUUGAUCAGAUUCUGGUCGAGUAAAGGAUAAAGACUACU